CUGAAGGGCUCACGGCUAGUUUUCCGGCAAGAUUUUCGUGACGUUGCAGGCAAGACGUCCGCCAAGGGCUCGCAUCGGGCCCGAGACAUAGUCCAUUCAGCCGGUCCAACCAGGCCGCUGCCCUCACUGAUUGGUCCAGUUUGGUCCUGACAAGAUUAUUUUAUAAUAAUUCGUUGUGUGGUCUCAGGACCAGCUUGUCAAAGUUGUGUAUAACGAAAGCUCUAAAGACGACUGUGUAUAAAAGUAGAGCCCCUCAAGCUCUGAAGGCUCAUGACACAAGAAACAAAUAUGGGGGGAACAGGAAGGGAGCAAUCACAGACGCACUGGAUGUUGGAUUUGAUGAAUGGGAAGCUCUCUAUAAACAGAGAGAAGGAGGCUGAGGAAUGGAAACGACGCUGCAUUUACAAAGUGCCAGGCUUCCUGAAAGAGCUCCACAAAGAAGCAUUCAUUCCCAGGGUUGUAUCAUUGGGGCCCUUCCACCAUGGCUCCCCGCACCUCCAACCCAUGGAGCAACACAAGCGCCGUGCGCUCCUCCACUUCCUCGACCGCUCGGAGCACCCUCUUCAAGUCUAUCUGAGUGCGCUCCAAGCCAAGGAGCAGGCGAUCCGGGGCUGCUACGAGUGGCCAAACGACCUGGCCCCUCCCAACAGCCCCGAGUUGCUUGACAUGAUGCUGCUCGACGGCUGUUUCUUGCUUGAACUCCAUCGUGUCAGCCAAACAGACGGCGAGACAGGCUAUGCAGCCGAGGAUCCGGUGUUCGGGUCAAAAUCGUCAUUGUUCUUUGCGCACCACAACAGUUAUCAUGACCUUUUGAUUCUGGAGAAUCAGAUCCCUUUGAUGGUCUUGAACACUCUAUUAGACCCACUCGGAACAAGGAUCUGCACCCGGGUGAAUGAGCUAAUGCUUGAGCUAUUAGGGGAGGAGAUCGAAGGGGAGGUUUUAAAGGGCAAGAUGGGGUUGCAUACGCUACAAGUUUACAUGAUGCACAAUCUGUGUGGUGACGUUCCUGACGUCGAGGAGUUGAGCGAUCCGGAGCCAUAUUUCAAGAAGUUGCCCUCAGCCACGGAGUUGCAUGAAGCUGGGGUGAGGUUCGAAAUUAGCAGCAAGAGUGGACUCAUGAACAUCACCUUCGAGCACGGAGUACUACGGCUACCAUGGAUAGCCAUUCAUGGAUCUACGGAAACCUUUCUCCUAAAUAUGAUGGCAUUUGAGCAGUUACGCGUCAGGAAUUCAAAUUGGGUCAGCUCAUACGUAAGCUUGUUGGAUGAUGUAAUAGACACUGCUAAUGAUGUUGAACUGCUAGUUUCUUCAGGCAUCGUGGAGAAUGCGAUGGGAAGUAACGAAGAUGUGGCCGAUAUCUUCAACAGGAUCACAAAGGGGAUGGUCUUUUUUGAGAAUCCCCACUUGAUGGGGGUGCGGACGAGGCUCAUGCGCUAUUGCAAAAAACGUCGUAACAGGUGGAGGGCUUACUUCAUCCACACCUACCUUAGUGAUCCGUGGACGCUUAUAUCAUUGCUGGCAGCAGCAUUGCUACUGAUACUAACGCUGCUUCAGACACAUUAUACGGUUCUCGGCUAUUACAAGCAAUUGCAUGAUGCUCAUUCAACUUAUAUUUCAUUACAUCCCAAGAUUUGGGUUCCCAAAGUGCGUCUUCUCAAACACACAAGGAUUUCGUUUCCCUUUCCCAAACGCCUUAAGCCCCGUUACUCAAGGGAUAGAGAGAAUCAACCCAGUAGAUAUAAACCACCUCUGUGCUCCUCCAUAGAAGCCAACCCAACAAAGCAAAACUCUCUCUCUCUCUCUCUCCAGCAAAAACACAGUAUGGAAAGACAGGAAGAUCAAUGGGUGGUGGACAUAGAGAACAGCCUGAAAACACUUGACCUCGACUGCAGCUCCAAGUCUGAGCUCUGGGAGAAGCAUUGCAUAUACAAAGUCCCGGCCUACCUAGCCGAGCUCAACAAGCAAGCCUACACCCCCCAGCUCGUCGCCCUCGGCCCCUUCCACCGUGCCCAACCCCACCUCCAACCAAUGGAGUCACACAAGCAACGCGCCGUCCUCCACUUCCUAAACCGCUCGAAGCAUCAAAUCCAGGACUGCCUCAAUGCUCUGAAAACCGUGGAACAGUACCUCAAGGCGUGCUACCGGUGGCCGGGCGACAUGCCCCCACCUAUUAGCUCCGACUUCCUUCGCAUGAUGCUUCUGGAUGGCUGCUUCUUGCUCGAGCUCCAUCAAACUACAAUCAAGGGGGACUAUGCUGGCUACAUGAGUAACGACCCGGUGUUCGGUCCCCACCGUGCGACACAUGUGCUUCCAUUUGUACGCAGGGACAUGUUGAUGCUCGAGAACCAGAUACCUUUACAGGUGUUGCAGCGGCUCAUGGACCCGUUCGGUGAUGCCAGUAGUGCGGCCGUGCACAAGCUUGUGCUCGAGUUCUUUCUCCCCAAGGGCACAAGUCUUGGUGGGGGAGAUGACAAUAGAUUGGGAUGGCACGCGCUUGAUGUGUUUAGGCGGCAUUUGGUGGGGGGGACGACGAAGAGCAAGACCGAGAGGUCAGCUGCAAACAUGUCGGUCGACGGAGCGCAGGGGGAUGAGACAGGGAGGUCGGCGACAGCCCUGAACGGCGCGAGGGUGAGGUUCAAGACCAGCAAAUCGGAUGGGUUGAUGGAUGUUAAGUUCAGCAACAGGGUGCUGCACCUGCCGCACAUAAUCAUCGACGAUGCCACGGAGUCGAUGUUCUUGAAUUUGAUGGCGUUCGAGCACCUGCAUGUGGGGGCGGGGUGCGAGGUCUCAUCGUACAUUUGGUUCAUGGACAACCUCAUAGAUACUAAAAAGGACGUCGAGCUUCUGCGCUCCAAAGGCAUCAUAGAGAAUGGAAUGGGGAGUGAUGAGGAGGUAGCGUUGCUCUUCAACAAGCUCUCAAAGGAGGUGACCAUGGAGCAAAGGGGCCCUUUUGCGAGGUUGCAGAAGGAGCUGAGUGAUCAUUGUAAGAGAAGAAGCAACAGGUAUUGCGCCGAGUUCCACCAGAGCUACCUGAGUAGCCCAUGGGCGAUCCUCUCGCUGCUGGCUGCCGUGUUCCUGCUCAUGCUUACGGUGGCUCAGACAGUGUACUCAGGGCUCAGCUACCAUAAUCCCCAUUAAUUUCAUCCUAGUGUACUCUCCCUCUCUCCUUUUGAUUUCUCUCUCUCUCUCUCUCCUUUUAUCUUCUUUCGAAUGCAUGGUUUUCUUGGGCAUGUCCAUCCUGCUUCUUUUAUGGUGAGGUUUAGGUACGAUUGCAGCUGUAUAUCUCGCGAGAGAAACCAUUCUCGGGGCCAGAAAACAAUGCUGUGGUCUGAAAAUUCAUUUUCACCCAACUGUGGGAUAUGGAACUGUAAAAGCAGUAUAGAACUAGCAGAUUUUCAGUUCUUCCAGCCACAUGCCGGCUUUCUCAGCAAGGCCUUACAAAAUAUUUUCCCUCUCUUUCACGGUGCUUGUGAUUUUUCUUUCUUAGUAUCUUCCUGUCCAAGGGAGGCUAAAAUAAAGGUUGUUUGCUAAAAUAUUGUGUAAAUAGAACAUUAAUGGAAGAUGAUUGAAUUAUUUACUUAGAAGCUCUUCAGUAAAAUAGCUCAGCAUGUUGGUCUUUUAUCUUAAUGGUAUUUUUCUGUAAUUAGCUGUAGGAACAUGUCCAGAAUGGGAGAAAGAGGCAUCCAAAUUGGCAGAAACGAAACUCCUAAAGUUCUAAAAAUGGCAGAAACGAAACUCCUAAAGUUUUAAAAAUGAAGGCAAAAACUGAGCCAUAAUCCUAUGAACCAUGAGAAACUUCGUCCUUACGAUUAUCAUCGUCCAAUGAAUAUAUGUAUGGUGGUCUCCACACAUUUGCCUAUAAGAUAAUCAGGACCAAACAGACAAGAUGGGAUUUUUGUAUGCUUUCCCCUGCCAACAAACUUCAUGUGUACUCAUUGAAGUCAUGAGAUAAUAGCGGUUUGAUGUCGAUUGGGCAGCUGACAAUGAGAUGAUAAUAAUGUCCAAUUAGCACCAAUUAUUCCUCUAAAGCCUCCAUUUACUUGACGUAUUUUUAGAUCAUUACCAACCAUCCGAUCAAGGAUAGAUAUUUGUCGAUCCCCAAACACAUGAGAAUAAUGUACAAAGGGACCAAUGAAAAG